UCUUUCACUUGUAGGCCCACACCCAUGACCUUCCAAUUUAGUUUCACACUUUCCCAACAUAUAAAUUCUCUCUAUUAUACCUUCCAUUCAUUUUAAUUACUCCACAUCACAUUUCUUUAACAUUAAAAACUCCCCUUCUCACAAUUCACCUUCUUCUUCCUAUAGUCUCAAAAAUGAAUAGAAAUGGAUAUAAGGAUGAAAAAUCAUGUUGCUAUUUCCAUCCAAAGCAAGUAGUUGUUGGUGUAUGUCCUUUGUGUUUGAAUGAAAGACUUCUUCUAUUGGUUGCAAAACAAGGGCGGCGCCACCAUCAGAACCACCGUGCUUCCUCCAUAAAAGGUGGUGAUUCACAAAAACCACCGAAUUCUUCUUCUAUUCAUAAGAUCUUUGCUUUUGGUUCUCUCUUCACUCGCCUUGAAUCUCGCCAAUGCAAAUCUCAUACCAAUAAUCACUAUGAUGAUCUCUCUCCAAGUCCAGAAGAAGAGUCAUUCAUAUCAAUCAAGUUUGAAGAAAAUGGGGCAGCCUUGUGGGAAAAGAAUAGUGUCUCAAAGGUGACCCUAGAGAAUUGCAAUAACAACCAUAAGGACAAGAAAUUAGAGACCAAGAGUGUGAUAGAGCAUGGAAAGUCACGUGACAUAUUCAGGUGGCGAAAGAGAAUCGGUCACAUGUUCCAGCUCAUAAGGUGGAAAAAAUCUGGUGGUGUUUGCCACGUAAGCAACAAGGUUGAAGGAGGAACAGUUAAAGUCAGAAAAAGUUGGAUCAAGACUCUGACAAAGAGGAAGAAGAAGAAGACCAUGGAAUCAUAAUUAAAGUAGUUGUAGUAGCCUUAAAGAUAAAUCUCACACCGAUAUUCAACAUUCAAGAUCAUUAUUACUAUCAUUAUUAUUCCUCUGUGUCUUUACUCUCUUGUGUAUGUUUGAAUGGGCCGCGAUGAGUUUGACUAAAUCGUGGUGAAAAUAUAAUUUUUUUAUCGAUAUUUUGAGAA